UUUCUUUCUAAUAAAAAACCCUAGAUUUUUCACCUCCACUUACACACACAAGGCACACAGAGCACGAUGGCCGCUGCCGCCGCCCGUCCUCUGGUCACCGUGCAGUCUCUUCCAUCUUUGAAUGAGAUGGCCACGGAUUCCACCACUACCGUGGCUCUUCCUGACGUAAUGAAGGCCUCGAUCCGGCCUGAUAUUGUGAACUUCGUCCACGCUAAUAUUUCCAAGAACAGCCGCCAGCCCUACGCUGUGUCCAAGCGCGCUGGUCACCAGACCUCCGCCGAGUCUUGGGGUACUGGACGUGCCGUUUCCCGUAUUCCUCGUGUACCCGGUGGUGGCACUCACCGUGCUGGUCAGGGUGCUUUCGGUAACAUGUGUCGUGGCGGGCGCAUGUUUGCUCCUACUAAAAUCUGGCGCCGCUGGCACCGUAAGAUCAAUGUGAAUCAAAAAAGGUAUGCCGUGGUAUCUGCUAUUGCCGCCUCUGCUAUUCCCUCUCUGGUGAUGGCUCGUGGCCAUAGGGUGGAAUCUGUACCUGAAAUGCCCCUGGUGAUCAGCGAUUCUGCAGAGAGCGUCGAGAAAACUUCAGCUGCAAUCAAGGUGUUAAAGGAGAUCGGUGCUUAUCCUGACGCUGAGAAAGCCAAGGACAGCCACGCGAUCCGGCCAGGAAAGGGUAAGAUGAGGAACCGCCGGUACAUUUCCCGCAAGGGGCCACUGAUUGUGUACGGAACUGAAGGAUCCAAACUGGUGAAGGCCUUCAGGAAUAUUCCAGGAGUGGAAGUGGCCAACGUGGACCGUCUCAAUCUGCUGAAGCUAGCUCCUGGUGGCCAUCUAGGUCGUUUUGUAAUCUGGACCAAGUCUGCUUUCGAGAAGCUGGACUCUAUCUACGGGUCAUUUGAGAAGUCAUCUGACAAGAAGAAGGGCUAUGUGCUACCUAGGUCUAAGAUGGUGAAUGCUGACCUUGCUAGAAUCAUCAACUCUGAUGAGGUGCAGUCAGUAGUGAAGCCGAUUAAGAAGGAGGUGAAGAGGGCUCCAUUGAAGAAGAACCCUCUCAAGAAUUUGAAUGUCAUGCUAAAGCUUAACCCUUAUGCCAAGACUGCGAGGAGGAUGUCUCUUUUAGCUGAAGCCCAGCGAGUCAAGGCCAAGAAGGAGAAGCUGGACAAGAAGAGAAAGACAGUUACAAAGGAGGAGGCAGCUGCUAUCAAGUCUGCAGGCAAGGCUUGGUAUCACACAAUGAUAUCUGAUAGCGACUACACUGAGUUUGAGAAUUUCACCAAAUGGCUCAAUGUUACCCAGUAAUAUUGUUCUCUUCAUUUCAAAUUUUCUUGGACAAGAUUUAUUACCUGUUUUGUUUUGUUAACUAGAUUUUGGUAUCUGUUUUGUUAAAUUUGUUUUGGUAUUGGACAAUGAAUGAGAAUUGUGUUGCGAUUGGACA